UAAAAUGAAAAGAUAUCAAAAGAUACUACGAUUAAAGUAUUUUAAAAAUUAUAUUUAUUAUUAAUCUGAAUUAAAAUAUAGUAUGAAUUUCUAUGAAUAUGUCCAUUAGGUCCAUUUUUUAAAAAAUCACACAUGAAUCAAGGUUGUGACUUCUAUUUUAAUAUAUAAGAUUCAUGUUUACCAUCAUUCACUAUUUAUUUCUCCAAUUUGCAACCUCCCAUUUUUACAAUCUAUCACAUUGGUAACGCAAGUUAUUCGCUUAGAAAACAAAAAAAAAUAGGCAGCAUCGCCAAAAAAAGCUCAAAUUCAUAUCCAUACAUUUACAACACAAUUUAUCCUUUUCUUUUUUUUCUGUUUCCCCUCAAUAUUUAUAUACCACUUGAACCUCUAAAAACCCAUUAGCAUCCGAAGGACAAAAAAAUCUCAAGAAAAAUACCAAGGAUGAUCAAAUCCUAUUUACGUGUAAUAUUACUCUUAUUAUGCGCCACUAAUCUCUGCGCUUCAUCAUCAAUAACCAGAACCAGUACUAGAACAAUAACCAGAUCCAGAACCAGAACAAAAACGAGAACUGUAUCAUUACAUCAUGUAUACCAAACCAGUAGGACCAAGUGUCUGGGAUGUCACCACGACUCGUUACAGUUCUUGUUCCGACAAAAUUUGGUUCGUGCCCAAAGACUCGAAGCUCCUUUGAUUUGGGACCGCAGACUCCAGAACUACGCUCAAAACUGGGCUAAUCAAAGAAAAGGAGAUUGUGCUUUGAGACAUUCUUUCCAAAACGGAGAGUUUAGUUUCGGCGAAAACAUUUUCAGUGGAUACGGCAAAAACUGGUCCCCGGCCGACGCAGUGGUCGCAUGGGCCAGCGAGAAGAGGCACUAUAAUUACGGUUCCAACACGUGCGACCCUGGGAAGGUGUGUGGGCAUUACACACAGAUGGUGUGGAAGAACACGAGGAGGGUCGGGUGCGCACGUGUAAAGUGCAACAGUGGUGCGAUUUUCAUGACUUGUAACUAUGAUCCUCCCGGUAACUACAUCGGCCAGAAACCCUAUUGAGCGAUCAUUUAUCUACUCCUUGAUCUUAAUUUUGGAAAUUGUUAUAUGAAUUUUUGAAGGAAACUAGAUGGAUGUAUAUAUUGGGUAUUUUUCUAGAAAAUAGAUGCUUUUGCGGGGCUUGUGAUGCUGGUUAUGUUUGUAUCUUUAUACGUGAUUAUUUCACUUGAUGGUUGUAAUUGCAUUACGGUUAUUCAUCUAUA